AUGUCCAAACGUACAGGAUUGAUAAGCCAUCAAACUGAUAAUGAAUUAUUAUAUGUAUUUGUUCCAGGUAAACAUCCUGAUUUGGUAAUUGAUCAGCGUAAAAUAUCGAAUGAUGGAGAACACUUUCAUGUUGGUGAUUUUAUAUCAUUUAUCGACAUCAAUGGUUCUGUCACUUCACCAACUCGGAUAAGUAAAUUGUUCGAAACACGUCUCGUGAACAAUACUUUACAAGUGAAAGUUUCGGUGGCAUUUCCUCCAGAAGAAUUCUCUGAACGAGCCAAUUUCACCACAUUCUCUACUAAAAAAGUACUUGCUUGGUCGCCUGACUUUGCAUUCGUUGGUUGCUCUUCAAAUGUCGCGAAGACAUUUUAUCAAAAUCAGAUGUAUAAAGCUUGGAUUGAAAGGGUCCCUCGGAUGAUUCAAAAUAUUGCUGGUGUGUUCGUAUCAUGGCAAAUAGUGGACGAUGUUUUUGAUGAAUGUGAUGAGCAAAGCAAGCAGCUUAUCAGCAAAGCGUAUAUUGAUAAUUACGAAGGCUUAGUGACAGCUGUACACGAUUCAGAUGCAAAAGUAUGGUCUUUGGCAAUACCGGAUAGUGAGGUGGUUUUUUUUUUCGGUGCACGUAAAGGAAUGAAAGUUGGUGAUUGGGUUCAGUUUAAUUGCGCGCCAAUUCAACGUCCCUAUCUUAACUGUUAUUUACAAGGAAAAAAAUUCGAAGCAAUUGAACCAGUGCUUCCAGCAAAAGCUUUCAAUAAGACAGUUCAAGUAGAAAUUUUGGCAAUCAUUGCGGUUAAUAAUUUAAAAUAUUAUCCGACUGGUGAAGUAACUGUUGAAACUGAAACACUUGGAGCUGUAGAAUUCGGCUCAAGAAAAUUUCGACAGGAUUACUGCAAUAAAUGUCUGCCUUUGAUUGUCUGCAAAAACAUGCCAUCCAAGCGAACUGGUGCUGUUUGGGAAGUGUUUUGCGUGGUAAAUAAGGGAUGUACAGAAUUCAUGCAAAAUUCGUGUUCAGUUGUAAAUUUCUCAAACGCGAGUGGCAAUUCUGAGGAAUUUGUUUCCACGACGAGAGAUGAAUGCAAUGCGAAAGUUGAAACAAAUGAUAAUUAUCAUUUCACUAAAAGUCAACAACAGCGACCAGAUCUUUCUUCUGACUUACCGGGAACUACUCAGAAAGAAGUUGACGAUAACUUUUAUUCAGGCUUUUCUUAUACAUGUGGCAAUGGUGAUGUGGAAAAUCUGAAAGCAGAAGAAGAAGAAUAUGAUCCGCUGAAAGAACCUGUUUUCGGUGCUGUACAACCUCAUGUAUUCCAAAUUAACUCGUCAGCAGAUACCAGUGGCACAGAUGGGCUCUAUACGCUAGGCAAUCCUAGCACUAGUCUAAAUGAGGAAUUUUCUAAUGAUGAACAGAGAGAGUUGGACAAUCGAGCAACGGAAUAUUGGGUACGAGCAUGGCAAAUACCAGAAGUUCGUCGACAAAUUGCAGAAGCUGACAAAAUAUUGUAUGCAGAUGUUAUGCAACUAAUGACGGAUCUUAAUAUGAGAACUGAUGAUAAAAAUCUGAAAGAAGUUCUUAAAUCAUUCUUAAAUCGAAAAACGAAUGAUGAGCGAUAG